UUCUUCUUCAAGCAAUCGUUUUCUCUUCAUCUCAACAAAGCUUCUUCAUUUCACUUCGGUGAAAAUAAAACAGCGGCUUUGACAGAUAUUCUUCAAUUCGCCACUUCAAAGAUGCUGGAAACAUCUUUGAUUUUGGGUUCGCUUGAUUGGGAUGGAGGACAAUGGGAUUAUCAUUCAUCGUUUUGGUAUAGGUGGUAUUGGAAAAGAAUUACAAGCAGCUGCGUAGGCAAUUUUCGGCAGUUGGGCAACUUCCUGAUAAUUAAAUGGAUGGAAUCCGAAGCUUCACAUACGCUCCAAAGUCCGCCUAUUUCAGAAUCACCAAAUACUUCAACAAUUGAUGAUGGUUUUAGUAAAAAACGAUUGAUAGAAGGUGUAGAAGUCAAACCUCCUCUACCUCCUACCAAAAGAAACAGAAGUCCAUAUUGGGAGCAUUGCCAAAAAGAGACAAAGGAUACGAGUGGCGGCAAGAUACAAAUAGGGGUAUGCAAUUACUGCAAAACUGAAAUACUAGCUGUUCGUGGGAGUACUAGUGGCUUGAAAAAUCACUUAAUCAACAUGUGCAAGUUAAGUCCAUUGUAUGUUGUGAGUAGUGAGAAAGGUCAAAUGAUGUUGACGAAAGAGACUAUGAAACAAGGAAGUCGCAUCGUUCCUUACUCUUUUAGUCAAGAGGGUGUGAACUGAAGAUGACACAAUAUGUGAUCAAAGAUGAAGUGUGUUUUGAGUUGUUGAGAAAUUGAGAUUUGUUGCUCUUGUGAAUAAGUUUGAACCAAGAUUUCAAAUGCC